UGACAAUUAUUAAAUGUGUUGUUUCUCUGUUGUGUGAGUGCGAAUCGCGAGUGCUAAUAAUAUUAAUUAACAAUUGUGACAACGUAUCAAAGACAUAAACGCCAAUAGCAGCAAGAUGAGUGGCGGUGGCAUGGAUAAAAGAAAACUGUCCACAUCGGGCGAUUCGCUGUAUGAGAUCUUGGGACUUCCUAAAACAGCAACAGCUGAUGAUAUCAAGAAGACUUAUAGAAAACUUGCACUCAAAUACCAUCCAGAUAAAAAUCCAGACAAUGUUGAUGCUGCCGACAAGUUCAAGGAAGUCAAUCGAGCGCACUCGAUACUGAGCGAUUUGACGAAACGCAAUAUUUAUGAUAAUUAUGGCUCGCUGGGUCUCUACAUUGCCGAGCAGUUUGGUGAGGAGAAUGUGAACGCCUAUUUUGUGGUCACAUCGCCAGCGGUGAAGGGCUUGGUGAUUUGCUGCACAAUACUGACGGGCUGUUGUUGCUGCUGCUGCUGCUGUUGCUGUUGCAACUUCUGCUGUGGCAAGUUCAAGCCGCCGGUGAACGAGUCGCACGAUCAGUAUUCACAUUUAAAUCGCUCUGAUGGCAAUCGAGAGGCCAGCGAUAUGCCACCGCAUCUGGGACAGUCGCCACGUCUUGAGGACGCCGAUCUCGAUGAUGUUAAUCUGGGUGGUGCUGGCGGUGCACCGGUGACUACACAACCACGUGAGCAAGCUGGCGGCCAACCUGUGUUCGCUAUGCCACCACCAAGUGGCGCUGCCGUUGGCGUUAAUCCGUUUACCGGAGCUCCAGUGGCGGCCAAUGAGAGCACAUCGCUAAACACAACAGAACAGACCACGUACACACCAGAUAUGGUUAAGCAAAAAUAUUAGUUACAUACAUUUACCGAAUCGAGUCGUACCACAUUCAUGAGAGCGCUUCGAAACAACAAAACAACACAAACACACACACACACACA